AAACUUCCUCCCCACUCUGGAGAAGGAAAAGCCUCUACGCUUAUUUAAAGACUUCCCUGAUCUUAAAAAUAGACAUUCCUCAGAACACUGAGACCGAAUGGGGUGCGGUCAGGCCGCCCGCGCCCGCGCCCCGCGCCCCGCCAUGGGCCGCCUCCUGCGCCACUUCACCGUGGUCGGCGACGACUACCGCGCCUGGAACGUCAACUACCAGCGGUGGGAGAACGAGGCCGAGGAGGAGGAGCCGCCGGAGCCGGAGCCGGGCCCGGGCCCCGCGGAGGAGGGCUGCGCCGCGGCCCCCGAGCCCGGCCCCGCGCCCGCGCCCGCGGCGCCCCGGGACCUGAGGAGCGCCCUGCGCAGGCUCUUCACCUCGCACCUGAGGAGCGCCCUGCGCAGGCUCUUCAUCUCGCACCGGUUCCAGGUGGUGGUCAUCUGCCUGGUGAUCCUGGAUGCACUCCUGGUGCUUGCCGAACUCAUCCUGGACCUGAAGAUUAUCCAGCCUGACAAGAACAACUAUGCGGCCCAGGUGUUCCACUACAUGAGCAUUGCCAUCCUGUUCGUCUUUAUGGUGGAGGUUUUCCUGAAGAUCUUCGUCUUCCACCUGGAGUUCUUCCACCACAAGUUUGAGAUCCUGGACGCCAUCGUGGUGGUAGUGUCGUUUGUCCUGGACAUUGUCCUUCUGUUUCGGGAACACGAGUUCGAGGCCCUGGGCCUGCUGAUCCUGCUGCGGCUGUGGCGUGUGGCCCGGAUCAUCAAUGGGAUCAUCAUCUCGGUGAAGACGCGCUCGGAGCGGCAGCUCCUGCGGCUGAAGCAGAUGAACGUCCAGCUGGCCGCCAAGAUCCAGCACCUGGAGUUCAGCUGCACGGAGAAGGAGCGCGAGAUCGAGAGGCUGCACGGGCUGCUGCGCGGGCACGGGCUGCUGCCGGGCGAGGCCUAGGCCUCGGGGAGGGCGGGAGGCCCGGCCCCGCCUCACCGCCGCGGACCGCGGGGCACGACGUCCGCCCGUCCACUCCGUCCUCGGUUCCCGCGGGCGGCGGGCCGGGCGCCCUCUGCAAGGAGAAGCAGCCGCUUGGCGAAAAGCCCUCCAUUCCCGCUUUGUAAGGAGCUGGUGUUGGGGCGCCGGCCCUGGGGGGUGAGGCCCAGCGGCACCCCGGCUUCCAGCCGCUCCGCCCUCCGCCUUUCCCCCUUCACUGCGGUCCACGCUGCGCCCUCAACCUGCCCGCGCCCCCCCCUCCCCGCACCCCGGC